AUCCCACAAAAAAAAUCAUUUACAAUGGCCUCAUGUCUCGCCGCCUCAUCCUCAUUCGGAUCAAGACUGCAUAGGACUGUGUGCGUGCUCUGUCCCGGCGUCGCACGGGGCUUCAGCUCGUCUUCCAUAGGGUGUUGGAGACAAGAUUCGCCAAGCGACAGGUUCUCGGGGACUGCGAGAGGAGCCAGGGGAGGUGUGAUUGGGGAAAAAGCGCCAAAAGAAAAAGUUGAUGCGCCAGAGGCUCUUCCAAACCCGCCCAAAUCCAAAAAGGCUAGACAUCGCCCUCUGCUACGUCCUCCAUCCCACCCCGUACAAACGCUACCGUCUUCAUCUGCACCUACACCACAGCACACUCCGCAUACCCCGAGCUUACCUGAAGCUGUCGCGCACAAACCCCACGGACCAUGGCAGCCCACUAAGAAACUUACAUUCUCUGCCAUGGCCGGUCUCCGAGCUCUGCAUACCCUGGAUCCCGAGCGGUUUUCUCGGGCUUUCCUCUCCCGCAAAUUUGGGAUUUCACACGAAGCGGUCACUAGAAUCCUCAAAAGCAAAUUCAGAGGGCAAAAGAUCGACGGAAUAGAGGGAUUAGAUGGAGUCAUGGGGUUAUUGAAUGAAGAAGCGAGUGAAGAAGCCCCCCCAGGAGGAUUAGGACAACCAGAUUUGAGGGGAACAAAAUGGGACAAGGCUCCCGAGACAAGCGAGAGGGUCAGCCCAGUACCGGCUAUCAUGAGAGCAUAUAGACAAUCAAGGAGAAGCAGAUGAAUAUGAAAGGGGAAGGAGAUAUAUCCUGCAUAGCUAUACCCAUAGUCUAAUUGUACGAUCGGUCGAAUCAUUAUAGCACUCUACAACAUGAUACACACAACACUCUUCUUUUGAUACCGGUCUUGAUGCCACAGCUGGGG